CUUUACCCCGCUCCGCUUGGAACCUCACUUACUUACACCUCGCCGUCGCUCUUCUUCUUUCCUCCUACGCCCUUUUAUCCUACGGCCCUAUCUGGUGGUCUCUUCAUCUCUUCUUCAUCUCUUCUUCAUCUCUUCUUCAUCUCUUCUUCAAACCCAUAUUCUUAACAAUCACCUUUGCUUAGCAUUAUCUUGCUCCUUCGCGCUUGCAAUAGUAACUUGACCUAAGACUAUUUUCCUAUCUUUGAAAUCUCACUUUUUCUCUGGGCGUUGCACUUUAAGAGUUUAGAACGUGUCGCCUUUUAAAAAAAAUCCUCGUCAGCUUUUCUGCUUCUUUGAGAACAAUUGGUUUUCUUCAAUGAAAAGUUUCCUCCGAAUAUUAUUUUACUUCCUCACGUUGCUUUCCAUCGCUAUCUUUUAUUACUUGAGAGUUAACUUGAUAUUUAAUUAUCGCCAUCGUUUUCUAGAUUUGACUUCAAAGCUAUCUACUUAAAAUGUUACUCUUGAUCUUCGAUAUCAUCCUCUUCGACCUUUAAGUACUUUUCGAGCGCUUUACUUUGGCUUUGAUAGCCAUCUACUCUUGCGAUCACUUUACCCCCAGUCGUUGACUUUCCAUCACCACUUUUUGCUUUUGUAGAAGUUCCGAUCUAGUAUAAAGAGGCCCUCAUACUUUGGAUCAUUUCUCGUCGACGAGAGUGCUAUCUGAAUAAGUCACGAACACGAAUUUUUGGGUUGACCCGAGCAUUCAACUUAGCAAUUCCGAGAGGAGAAUUCCAAAGUCAAUCAGUGGCAUUUAUCGACAUUACUACUCAAGCUUGUCAUCCUCAUAUUUCUGAAAAUACAUUCUACCAUACUACAAAUCUCAUUACUAAGACUCUGCAACUUGCUUCAUCAUGGCGACGGACAAACUUGCCCCUGGUGGUCAAAACAGUCUAUCUUCAGCUUCUUCGUCUUCGUCUUCUUCUUCCUCUUCUUCCUCGAGCACCCUCUUUCUUCGGUUACGGGAAGGAGAAGCAAACCACGGAUUCGAUAUGCAAUUUAGCGACAUUAUCGACGUAGACAUCCGCAAUAAAGUUAGAACAUUACUCCGAUUUUAUCCAUCUUAUCCUCUUCUUUAUCUCGUUUAUGUACUCGUUAGGAGUGAUCGAAUGUUGGAUAAAGCUCAAGACUUUCUCGAAAACACACACCGCGACCGAGCUCAAUACCUACCGAUCGCUUUUAUGACAGAGCUUGAGGAUAUUAAGGGCGCUGAAAUGCGUGACAAAGUUGGAAAAAUCAUUACAGUUAUUUCAUUCGUAACUGUCUGGUGGGCCUAUUAUGCCUUGAAAGUUUGUGAUGGGAGUAUGAACUGUGCUACUAUGCUAUUACUUGAGAACAUCAUCGAUACCUCCAAGGACCCUGUGACGCAGGUAGCUUCAGUAACUACAACUCCUGUUAGCUCGUUGAUGAGUCCUAGAAGCAGUGGUAAUGUGCUUUUGGGACCGCUGAUGGAUUCGCAGUCAGAUUCAGAUAGCCAGGUGUUCGAUCGUACUAUGGCUAGUCCGAAUAGUGGCAAUGAGUCGUUUCAGACUAAGCCGUCCUCUUCCGAGGCAUCAUCCCAAACACCAAACUGUUCAUACAUCAAUAUAAGCGAUGAUGAGCAAGAAUCUACGGAAGAAACUGCUACUAUGAGUGCCAGCCCUGUUUCCAAUCGACGAGGGGUAUCUACAGACAAGGGCAAAGGCGUGGAUAGAUGGGACCCUGAGGAUUACAACUCCGACAUUGAUAUGAACGGAGUUCCACCCUUCGAGGAAAAGCCGCAAGCAAAGAAACGUCAUGAGAAACAAACUAGCAAUUGCAAGUUCUGUGGCAAAGAACUAGAAAACUGGUUAGAGCAAGCCGGCCAUGAAAAGUCAUGCCGUGUGAGGACAAGACAAGCUUGUGUGAAGUGUAAGAAAGAAGUCUCAAAGUCCAAUAUAAGAAGGCACGAAGCCAGAUGUGAUGGUCGUCGAACUUCAAGACGCGAUGGUAUGGAAUUCAAAGAGCGCGAUAUAUACGCAAGGCCGUCUGUUUCUCGUGGCAAUUCUACAGAUUUCGAAUCGGAAGAUUCUCCUACAGAAGAGCAGUUGCAAAAAGUGAAAAGAAUGCGAGAAUACCUUCCUCAUCUUUCAGUCAAUCAAUGUAUCGAAUCCUUAGGGUUGUGCGAUGAUAAUGUUGAGGAUGCCAUAGAGUUGGAAAUGGAGGCAUCGGCAUCGGCAUCGGGUGAAGAAGAUGGUGAUCGAGGACCUUGCAGCCAACAGAUUAGUCCGAAGAAGAGAAAACUAGGAAAUCUAUUGGUAGGUCGAGCUUAGACUAUUGUAAUUCGAGGUAAUUCCUGACAAAAAUUAGGAGGAGCGUAUCACCAAAAGGUCUCGCAUUCAGGUCAAUGACAGAGAGUCAAGUUUAGAGCCUGCAAGCCAGUGGGUUAAGUAUGAGUCACUUCGUAUUGUUUUGAAUAUUCGAUGGCCAUUCUAACCAUGAUUUAUAGAACCACGUUUUUUGGUCUUUGUCAGGACUCAACCAAUGCUACUCUUGUUCAUCUUGCUGGCUCAGAAAGCAGAAAGGUUCCGACGAAGCUUAUUUGUGAUAACUCAAAAACUUUGAAAGAUAUGAUCAGCGUGGAAGAUCAAGAACUAGCAGCGCAGGAAAUUUCACUUCUAAAUGUCGAAUCAACUCUUUUCGAUACCGUCAUUCAAUACAUGGUCUGCCGCAACGCCUCAUUUGGUUCUCACUUGAGCCAGACACAGAAGAUCACAUCGAUUGUAGAUUUUCUAGUCCUCGCAAACAAACUCAAAGUUACAGGACCAGCGACUACUAUGUUUCAAACGCUUGAAGCUAUCUUGAAAGAAGAACGUAAGGGCCCUUAUCCUCCAAGCUUCCUGAAAGCCGACCAUGUUAAUAAAGUCUUUUUGACUUUUGAGGCUGGUCAUCCCAUUCGAAAACUUUUUGUGAAGGCAUCAGUACGACCAUUUCUCAAAACCAAAAACCAAGAUAUCGCUGAUGAAGAGGAUUCCGACAAUAACAGUGAAGUGGACGCGGGCAAUAUCGAAAAUGAUGGAAACAAGCCAGCACAUCUUGCGUGGAAUUUGAAUAACGAUUUCGCAAUAGCUUUACUGGCAAAAGUCUACGAGACCACUAGCAACAGAAAAACGAGACCCACGAAUAAGAAUAGUAGAAAUACUAAAAACCUGAGUGAGUUCUUUAAAGAUCCGCUAGAUGGCACCUGGUUUACUCUUUGAGGAACCUGGGAUUUCCUUCAGUGUGAUAAUGGCUUCAUUUCAUACGCUUCUCUUUGGUUCUUCAACUUGGUCUCGUAGCUCAGAUAUUUAUUUCGCUUCAUUGCUGAAGCUAAAGCUAGGUGCGUGUUGAGGUUGAAAUGAAGUGAUUAUGCUCAAGUGUUCUUACAGUGUUUUCACUGUUGGAUACCCUACCCUUGUGCAUUAUUACUUCGUUGCUGGGCUUGGGGUAGGCUAUGGCUUGGGCUUUAAGCUUGGGUGUACUCGAGGAUAGUAUAUGACCUGGUCUGACCUCAUGCAGCAAUAUUGCCAUUCAUCCAACAGGAACUCUCUUCCUAUCCAUCAUUAUUAAUUUCUGCACAAAAGAUUCGCGGGGCGGAGAUACGAGAAGAUAAAUACGAGACGAAAAGUUCCAGCAAUUCAUCAUCUACAUAUCCUCCUCGCACUGAGCGGAAAAUAGAGGAGCGGAAGUUUAGAUUUCUGGUGAGAAGUCCGGGGCGGAGUGGAGCGGGAUAUAAUUGGGUAGAUAUGAGGAUACAAGCAGAUGCUAUAAUGAAAAUGGUGAUACUUGUUAUUUAUAUAUUUUAUGGUGUAGAUGCAUUGUGAUGUAUUG